AUAGAAAAAACCAUAAAGAAGUUUAGUGCUUGCCAGUAACAUCAAGUUACGGAUUGUUAUUAAUUUUUGAUCGAAUCUUCUAGAACCGUGUGUCAUCGUUCACAUCUAACCUCAAUUUGUUCUCAGGCACGAGUUUACAUAGAAAUAAAUUAAACAGCAUUAAACAUGUUUGGUGGUCAGCAACCCAUACUUGUGUUAAGUCAAAACACAAAGAGAGAAUCGGGCCGCAAAGUGCAGUUGGAGAAUAUUCAAGCCGGAAAGGCUAUUGCUGAUGUGAUACGGACAUGUUUGGGCCCACAGGCCAUGUUGAAAAUGCUUAUGGACCCCAUGGGCGGAAUUGUGAUGACAAAUGAUGGCAAUGCCAUAUUGCGUGAGAUCACUGUUCAGCAUCCGGCGGCCAAGAGUAUGAUUGAGAUUGCUCGCACACAGGACGAGGAGGUGGGCGAUGGCACCACUUCGGUCAUUGUGCUGGCUGGCGAGAUGCUGGCCGCCGCCGAGCCGUUCCUUCAGCAGCAAAUUCAUCCGACUGUGAUCAUUCGUGCUUACCGUGAAGCUCUUGAAGACAUUGUCAAUCAUUUGCAGUCCGACUUGAGCGUUCAAUUGGAUGUGAAAGAUAGGGCUAAGACGGCUGAGGUGGUUAAGGCUUGUGUGGGCACAAAAUUCAUUGGCAAAUGGUCAGAUCUGGCUGUCAAGAUUGCUCUAGAUGCCGUGGAGACAGUCACAUUAAAUGAGAAUGGACGCCUGGAAGUCGAUAUUAAGCGCUAUGCUAAAGUAGAGAAGAUUCCCGGAGGUGCCAUCGAGGAGUCCUGUGUCCUGAAGGGUGUUAUGAUCAACAAAGAUGUAACACAUCCAAAGAUGAGACGGUACAUCGAGAAUCCUCGCAUUGUUUUGCUGGAUUGCUCCCUGGAAUACAAAAAGGGCGAGAGUCAGACCAAUGUGGAGAUUAUUGGCGAGCAGGAUUUCACCCGCAUGCUGCAGAUAGAGGAGGAAUUUGUGCAGCGCAUCUGUGCCGAUAUCAUUGCUGUAAAACCGGAUCUUGUCUUCACCGAGAAGGGUGUCUCGGAUUUGGCCCAGCACUAUUUGCUGAAGGCUGGUAUCACAGCCAUCCGCCGUCUGCGUAAGACAGAUAAUUUGCGUAUUGCCCGCGCUUGCGGAGCAACCAUUGUUAAUCGCACCGAAGAGCUAACCGAGAAGGAUGUAGGCACCGGAGCUGGCCUCUUUGAAAUCAAGAAGAUCGGUGAUGAGUACUUCACAUUCGUUACUCAGUGCAAGGAUCCUAAGGCCUGUACCAUUUUGCUACGUGGCGCCAGCAAGGACAUUUUAAAUGAAACUGAACGCAAUCUCCAGGAUGCCUUGCAUGUGGCCCGCAAUCUGGUACUGGAGCCACGUCUAGUGGCUGGCGGUGGUGCCGUGGAAAUGGCCGCAUCGCAGCUUCUCACACGCAAACAGGUCAAGGGACCGUACACAGCUGUUGCUCACGCUCUGGAGAUCAUUCCACGCACUCUGGCCCAAAACUGUGGAGCGAAUACCAUACGCGCCUUAACUGCUCUGCGUGCCAAGCACGCUUCCCACACCGGUGACGGUGUCUGCGCCUGGGGCAUAGACGGCGAGUCCGGCGAGAUUGUCGACAUGAAUGUGAAGAACAUUUGGGAGCCAUUGGCUGUAAAGCUGCAAACGUAUAAGACAGCCGUUGAGACAGCCAUCCUGUUGCUACGCAUCGAUGACAUUGUAUCUGGUUCCAAGAAGCGAGGCGGCAACGAGCCAACCAAUCCCGCUGCCAUGGCACAGGGCCAGGAAUAGAAUUCUUCGAUUCAUCUUCAAAUACACUGUGUAUUAUUAUUAAUCAUGCUUAAUAAUUUUUAAUACUUAAUUUAACACACAUACACACACACACACAAAGAACAAACUCCCUCAACCACCCCAAAUGUCUAACAUUUUGCCUGGAGACAAGGAAGAAGCGAUUCUAUCCCUAACCCCAUCACAACAUAAUUUGCUGCAUUUGCUCUCAUUAAAACUGUACACGAAAAAAUA